CGUGCCACGAUCAGCGACCGAUUUUCAGAAUAGUUAGUAAAAAGUUUGUAAAGCCAACCAGGCUCACGCUCCACGAAUUUCCGAAGACGAGGAUUCAAAGGAAACGGAAGGAUUUGUGAGAUGACGAACGCGGACGACUAACGAACGACGGAGUUCUUUGCUGAAUGCAUCGAAAUAUAAAGUUGGAUAUAUACACAAAAGAUGUGGAAAGUUCGAUCGAUUUUGAGUAUUUUCACGACGCUGCUCAUAUUUACAAAAGCUGAUUAUUACGAGUAUAAUCAAGACCAAUACCGACAGAGCAAUGCUCCCUUUAAAUGUAUAGAAGAGGGUUACCAUCCCGAUCCGCGUGACUGCAGAGUUUACUAUAGAUGCGUAGAUUGGGGCAACGGUAGCCCGCUGACGCCCUUCAAAUUUGAAUGCGGAGUAGGCACAGUGUUCUCGAAGGAUAAGGGAGACAUUUGUACGCAUCCAGAAGAUAGUGGUCGAUUUGAAUGUGGCAGCUCCGAGAAUGAACUCGAUUCGAAUGUACAAGAUCCUCCUUCCCCUAUAUGGACAACAACAAUACGAACAACUAUGUGGUCACAAUCAACUAUGAUACAGUCCCCAAUAACUAAACCGUCUACAAUCACUGAAGCUGCGACAACAAUAAGAAAGCCAGAAACAACAAUAUUACCACCACUAACAAAUCGACCAGCUAUAGACGAACCGAAGGAUAACGUUAUUAAUUGUCAAAAUGGAUACCAAAAAUGUACACAAGAAGGAUUUUUAGCCGAUACUUGUGAUUGCAGAAAAUUCUACAGAUGCGUAAACGAAGGUUACGGAAGGUUUACAAAAUACGACUUUAAGUGUGGCGUGGGAACUGUUUGGGAUCCAGAAAUUCAAGCAUGUAAUCACGCUUGGGCUGUUACAAGGAAAGACUGUAGACAGAACUUGGAAAGUGGGGAUAAUAAUGGACAAUGGAACGGUCACACUGGAAAUAACAGUGGACAAUGGAAUGGUGACAUUGGUAGUCCUGGACAACCUGGAGAUCCAAACGGUCAACCAGGACAACCUGGAGAUCCAAAUGGCCAACCAGGUUCACCGGGUAGUCCAGGCUCUCCGGGAUAUCCGGGAACACCAGGUUCUUCAGGCACAUCAGGCUCUCCGGGGUAUCCGGGAACACCGGGUUCUCCAGGCACUCCAGGUUCACCGGGUAGUCCAGGCUCUCCGGGAUAUCCGGGAACACCAGGUUCUCCAGGCACAUCAGGCUCUCCGGGAUAUCCGGGAACAGCGGGUUCUCCAGGCAUUCCAGGUUCGCCGGGUAGUCCAGGCUCUCCGGGAUACCCAGGAACACCUGUUUCUUCAGGCACUCCGGGUUCUCCGGGUAGUCCAGGCACUCCAGGUUCACCGGGUUCUCCAGGCUCUCCGGGGACACCGGGUUCUCCAGGCACUCCGGGUUCUCCGGGUAGUCCAGGCUCUCCGGGAUCCCCAGGAACACCGGAUUCUCCAGGCACUCCGAGUCCGGGAUAUCCGGGGACACCGAGUUCUCCAGGCACUCCAGGUUCGCCGGGUAGUCCAGGCACUCCAGGUAGACCGGGCUCUCCAGGAUACCCAGGAACACCUACUUCUUCAGGCACUCCGGGUUCUCCGGGUAGUCCAGGCACUCCAGGUAGUUCAGGUACUCCAGGAUAUCCAGGAACACCGGGUUCUCCAGGCUCUCCGGGAUAUCCGGGGACACCGGGUUCUCCAGGUUCUCCGGGUAAUCCAGGCACUCCAGGAUAUCCAGGGACACCGGGUUCUUCAAACAUUCCUAUAUCUCCUGGAAAUCCAGACUCACCAAAUUCACCUGGCAAUCAACCGUCAACAGGUAUUUGUACAGUAGAAGGUUUUUUCUCUGAUUCACAAGAUUGUCGCAAGUUUUAUCGAUGUGUCGAUAAUGGCAUGUCCUCCUUUAUUAAAUACGACUUUCAAUGUGGUGCUGGAACUGUCUGGGAUUCGUCCAUUCAGAGUUGCAAUCAUGUUUAUGCUGUACCGCAUUGCAAUCAAGCAAAUGGUGCAGUUACAGAUAAACCCGGCACAUCGCUGAAUGAAGUAGAUAGUACAAGUGGACCAGAUACAAGCAAAUUACCAUCGCAAUCUUCUGAAAGCUCGACUUUCCCACCAACAUCUUCAAAACCAGAGAUACAAUCUUCGACUCAACCUGAUAGCACUACGGGUAAUCCCAUUGCACCAUCUCAGACGACGUCAACUUCUUAUUUGCCACCCAGUAGUACAUACUCGUCUUCGACAAUGCAAGUUACCGAAUCUGUUUCUUAUGUUCCUCCUACAUCACAAAUGACUACUACGUCUGUAUCUUAUUUGCCACCCUCGACUACUACCAGCGGAAUAUCUGGAUCUACACCCGAAUCUGUUUCAUAUUUGCCACCUGAUACUAGUACUACAACAAUUACUUUGCCAAGUUCUGCCUCGUCAACCGCAUCUUCGCCUCAGAAUGAAAAAUAUAAGUGUACUAAAGAAGGUUUCUUUCCGGAUCCUGAUAACUGCAAAAAAUUCUAUCGUUGUGUUCAAGACCAAUUCGGAUAUCAAAAAUACGAAUUUGAGUGCGGUCCUGGCACAGCAUGGGAUCAAUUAAUACAAACGUGUAAUCAUAUUGAUAAAGUAACUUCAUGUUCAACAGAUAGCAAUGAAAUUGAUCAAAGUCUUGGUUCCAGUACUUCUACAUCUGAACUUCCUACCAUGAAUAGUUCCACAACUGUUUCUAGUCAAACAAUUGCGACUACAUCUUCAAUUCCAAUUUCUACCGAAACCACUACAACUGCCAGUACUCCAAGUGAAACAUCAGACAAAACAGAGUCAUCAUCAACAACAAGUACUAUCACACCUGUUAGCAGUAGCGAAAACCCCGCUUCAGAAAAACCAGAAGAGAUUCAAAUGCCUGGUAGUUCUAGUACAGAAAGUUCAUCCGAAUCCUCGUCUGAAUCUACUUCUGAAUCAAAUGAAGGAUCAUCUUCAUCUACAUCAGAGUCACAUGCACCAGAUUGUGCGACACAAAAGCCGAGCAAUGCAAUAAUAUGCAAUAAUGAAGGAUUUUAUCCGCAUCCCGCUAGGUGCGAUAAAUUCUAUCGCUGCGUUAAUAAUGGCAAUGGUUUCAAUGUAUAUCAUUUUGACUGCCCAUCAGGCACUAUUUUUGAUUCUAGCAUCAACGUAUGUAAUUAUCCUGAAUCUGUUUACCCCGCAAAAGAUUGUACGACUGGAAAUACUUCAAGCAAUAUAGAAUCCACAACUCAAUCCGGAACGCCUGAACAAUCGACAUCAGAGGGAACUACUACUGUAACUGCACAGAGCAUAACUCAGCAAACAGAAGAAAGUACAACCACAACGACAGAGCUUGAUACUUCAGAAGAAAACGCUCCCACUUCUAUAGAAUCGACGACAUCAAAUGUACCAGAGAGUAGCGAAAGUAUGAUAGAGUCUACGACUGAAUCAACCACUACCACUACAGAAACCGCUAUCGAGUCUAGCACUUCUGAACAGAGUAGCGAAGCUACAACUGAAGCUGCUGCUUCCACAGAAUCCGGAAUGUCUACGACUGAGUCUCAAGAACAGUCUACGGAAUUUCAGGAACAAUCGACAACUGAAGAAUCCCAAGAGCAAUCAACAACAGAGUCAAAAGAACCAUCUACUACAGAAACUCACGAACAAUCAACAACCGAAUUACAGGAACAAUCCACGACAGAAUCUCAAGAACAAGCAACAACUGAAUCAUCGGAAUCGACAACAGCGGAACAAGGAGUAGCAGCACCUUGUUCUAUAGGCAACUUAACUGACGAUCAAAUAAUUCUAGUUUGUCCCACUAGCUUCCGAAGGCAUCCGAAACAUUGUAAUUUAUUCUAUCAAUGUACUUCCGAAGGCAACAUGGAAAUAAAGAUUCUCGUAUUGAGUUGUCCCGAAAAUACCAUUUUUGAUGAGAAAGAGAUUCAAUGUCUACCUGAAAGUGAAAGCAGUCAGCCAUGCAUGGGAACCAGAACAAACGCCAGAUUUUAUAGAAGAUUAGAAGAUCAUGCUUUAUCACCUGUAAAGGUAUCGUCAAAUCAGCUUUGUCCGCAAGAAGGACAUUUUCCUUAUCGACAAGGUUGCAGCAAUACCUUUUACAAGUGUAAACGCGAUGUCCGAAACAGUUUACAGGGAUACCUUUAUAAAUGUCCCAAAAACUUUGUUUAUUGGUCGGUCUCCAGAAGAUGCGAACGUGUGACACGUCUUCCAAUGUGUUCGCAUUUGUCGUACAAAGACAAAAUUGACUGGAACGAUCGAUGGCAAAUACCGACCGAAGAUUUUAAUCUUUCUGCCAGAAUGUUACACUUCUUUUAAUUGCUUGAUGAUAUUUCUUAUAUUCUACACUCUUAGUAAAUACGAGUUG